GGGAAGAUGCGAAACCCAGAGUGGCAGGUCCAGAGCGGCAGGAGGGAAACCAGGGGAGAGUGGCGGCCGGAAGCCAGGAGAAGCAGUAUUGACCAGGGACCGAUGGACUGAGUCAGAGUCUGGACAUCAACGAAGAGGAGCAUGGAGACUUGACCGUUAGGUUUAGCAAGGUAAGUUUCAGAUUUCCUAAUAAAGCAUCAUUAAAUUUCUUGGAGUAAUGUCAGUGUAUGAGAACCUGUCUGGCAUCCAGAAAGCUCCCAGUGACUGUUUGAUGAACGAGUUUACUUCCUCCCCCAAAGGCCUCUCUUCCCACCUGGAAGAUAAAAUCAAGCCCACGCCAAGAAUUAGAACUUCAAAGAAAAUCUGAUGCGUCCUCUCCAGAUUGUCCCGAGCCGACUGUUUUCCCAGCUGUGCCGUGGCCUGAAGCCUCCAGCCCCCCCCCACACCAAGAUCUGCCUGACAAUGACUCGUCCCAGUUCCAGUAUGACAGAUUUUCGCAAGAUUUUUGCAAAAGCCAAGCACAUAGUCGUCAUUUCAGGGGCCGGUGUUAGUGCCGAGAGUGGGGUUCCGACGUUCAGAGGAGCUGGAGGUUACUGGAGGAAGUGGCAGGCUCAGGACCUGGCGACCCCGCAGGCCUUUGCCCACGACCCGUCCCGGGUGUGGGAGUUCUACCACUACCGGCGCGAGGUCAUGGGGAGCAAGGAGCCCAACGCCGGGCACCUCGCCAUCGCCGAGUGCGAGGCCCGGCUGAGCACACAGGGCCGACGGGUCACGGUCAUCACCCAGAACAUCGACGAGCUGCACCGCAAGGCUGGCACCAAGAACCUUCUGGAAAUCCACGGUAGCUUAUUUAAAACUCGAUGUACCUCUUGUGGAAUUGUGGCUGAGAAUUACAAGAGUCCAAUUUGUCCAGCAUUAUCAGGAAAAGGUGCUCCAGAACCUGGAACUCAAGAUGCCAGAAUCCCAGUAGAGAAACUUCCCCGGUGUGAAGAGGCUGGGUGCGGGGGCUUGCUGCGACCUCACGUCGUGUGGUUUGGAGAAAACCUGGAUCCUGCCAUCCUGGAGGAGGUUGACAGGGAGCUCUCGCUCUGUGACCUAUGUCUAGUGGUGGGCACUUCUUCUGUGGUGUACCCGGCCGCCAUGUUUGCCCCCCAGGUGUCUGCCAAGGGGGUGCCCGUGGCCGAGUUUAACAUGGAGACCACUCCAGCCACGAACAGAUUCAGGUUUCAUUUCCAGGGACCCUGUGGUACAACUCUUCCUGAAGCCCUUGCCUGUCAUGAAAGCGAAACUGUUUCCUAAGUGUCCUAGGAAAGAGAAAUUAUAGUAUAUCUAAGAACUAGACCACAAACAGGAGAAAUGGUCUUGUGGGUAGUGAAUGAAAUAUUGGGCGAUCUAAAAAUAUCCUGAUGCCCUGGCUGGAAUCCAAGCUGUUGGUGAAUGAUGGGGGCUUAGCAGGCGCAAGAGCAAAUGCAUUUAGAAAUCAGAGAACUGUGAAGUGAAUUCCUGUUAUCUGGUGUGAACUGCAACAUUAGAAACCUUUGAUACAGUUGGUUGGUUAUUGGGUGGGAACGGAUUUUGUAAUUAAAUUGUCUAAAAGAUGUAAUUAUGCUGAUUCUAUUUUUGCCAUUUGGGCAAAGAUAGAAAUAAAGGGGUAAAACUUUG